UAAAGAUUUUUCUACUAGAGAAUCAAUCAUCCAAAACUUUAAUUAUUCUUAAUUAUCAUUUUAGUUUAGUAUCGUUAGUUGCUGUUUAUAGAGUAGAGUGUAUAUAAAUUUUAAUAGAGUGAUAUAAAAAUGACUUAAGUUUUUUAUUUUGGCUAAACUUCAAUGUGUCCUAUAAUUGAUUAUAAAUUUAAUUUGUCCGAAGUGAUUAAAUGCGUGAAUUUUAAUCCCUCUGAGCUUACAUAAAUGGAAACUGAAGAAGAAAGAGAAAUUUAUUCAGAUUAUUUGUAGAUGAUUUAGCAUAUUGAUCCCAGAAAAUUAAAAUUUAAAAAAGUAACAUGCGGAUAUAAAUCCACUCUUUUAAUAGAUGAAAAUAAUGAGUUGUGGGGAUUUGGUUCCAGUUUAAAUGGAUAACUAGGAACUUAUAAAAUGAAAUAUAUUGUAAACAGACCUUUUAACAUUAGUAGAUUGAAUGAUAAAAUGUUUUUGAAUGCUUGUAUAAGCUAAACUCACGCACUUGCAAUUUCAACUACAGAAAAACUAUAUAGUUGGGGAAGUACUUAAUAUGGCUGUUUAGGUGAAAACAUGAAAGAAAUGCAUUAGUAUUAACUCCUAAAAUUAAGGAAAAACAUGUUUGUGUCUCAAAGCGAAUCUUUUGAAAGAAAAACUGUAUAUGAUGCUAUAGCUUGUGGAGAACAUUUUUCUUUAAUUGUUUGUAAUGAUAAAUUGUUUUCUUUUGGGAAAGAAGAAAAAGGAAGAUUAGGAUGUGGUUAAUAGAACAUAUAGUAUACUUAAAAGCCUUUUUAAGUGUUAUUACCUUUGAAUGUAAAAUAAGUAAAAGGAGUAUCGUGUGGAAAAAACCAUUGUCUGAUGUGGGACUAAGAUGGAUUGAUAUAUUCUUGGGGAGAUGGAGCAGAUGGUAAACUUGGACAUUCUAGUGUCAAAGGUAAAUACAACUACGUAAUAGUAGAUCCUCAAUAAAUUAAAGCUUUAGAAGAGCAUAGAAUUAUUUAGGCUAGUUGUGGGUAUAGACACAGUUGUGCAUUGACUUUUAAAGGAGAAAUAUUUACAUGGGGAAGAACUGUUUACUACAAACACGAACAAAGAAAAGAACUUCCUUUAGAUUAUUUGAGACCAAAGUAGAUAUCAAGUUUUUUUUGUUAUGAUGAUAAAGCCAUAUCUGCUGGUGCGUUUUUUGUAAAAAUAUCCUCAUGUGCUUAUCAUAAUGCUGCAAUAGAUCGAAAGGGAUUCCUAUACACAUGGGGUUAAAACAAAUAAAAUUGCUUAGGACAUAACAACUCAAAUGACUAUAAUUAUCCAAUUUUAGUUGAGGAAUUUACUUCGAUGAAAGUUGUUGAUGUUUCUUGUGGGCAUCACUUUACUGUUGUAAUUUCUACAAAGGCAACGAAUGAGCUUGCUUACAAAAAUUUAAAAGAGUUUAAGUUAAACUUAAUUAAGAAUGCAAAAUAAAAUAUCUCUAAAAUCUAAGAAUACUUUGAAAAAAAGCUUAGGAAAAACUCUUCACUAGGAAGAAAUAAAAGUCAAUCUUAAAUAAGCACUAUAAAACAAAAUGAUCACUAAAACAAAGAAGAUGAGUAACAUCAUUAAAAUUAGUAUUAAAAGCAAACACUAAUUUAGAAAUAGACUCAUCCUUAAGUAUUUGCUGCGCCUAGAUCUCUUUCAUAGCCUACACUUUUUAACUAAAAAGAUUCAUAAAAUUAAAAAUAGACUCCUUCUAUAAAUAAUUAAGUUAAAGAAAAGUAUACUUAGCUUGCUAUUUCUGAUAGUUUAUACAAACAAAACAUCAAUACCAAAAUUAUGUUGCUAGACUAACAAUAGAAAUAGAUUCUUAAUUAAAGACCUUUGACUUCCAAUAAUAGGAGUUAUAACAGUAAUCAAGAUUUGCUUUAAAGAAUAAAGAGCUAAAGUAACUACACGGCUACACAUAAAAAUUUAUUGUAAAAAUAAGAAAGUACAUCAAGACAUAGAAAUCUUAAAAAGAAAACAUCUUUCUUUGAGUACAAAGAUAAUCAAAUUAUAUUUGACACUAUUUAAGGUUAGCUAGAUUAAGAAUAUGAAGAAUUUUGCUAGCAAGAUAAUUUGGAACAAAAAUCACCUAAAAAUUAAGCUAUAAAAUAAAUUCAAGACGACUAUGCAAAUAUUUAAAGAAAGCAAAGUGAUGUUUCUACCAAAAGAGAAAGACUUAGUGAAAUAUAAAUGAGAGCAGAGCAUAGAAGGACAAUUUCGAAUCAAUAAAAAUAAGGGAUUAUCCUUAGUGAUACAAUUUUUAACUAAGAAAUAGAAUAAAUUUAUAAAGAAUAUAAAGAUGCUGAUAUAUUACAUAAUCCAAAAAAUGCAGUGAAAAAAUAUGUUAGACAAAAAAGCAAUGACUUUUAGAGGAGUAGAUAAUAACUUAGCUCUGAAACAAGGAAAAAAUUUUAACAGGCAAGAAGUGAAUUUACAUCAAACUAAAAUUCAGAACCGUUUAAAACCCCACUUAAUUCAAGUUAGACAUUAAGCAUCAUUUAAAACUAAUUUCCUCUAAGUAACUUUACUUCUCUUUCAAAUCUGGGAAGCCCUUAAAAAUAGCUAUACAAAUCUGAAGAUUUUUUAGCUUAAGAUAAAUGGAAAUUAAAUGAAAAUUAUCUUAUUGAGAAAUAUGAAAAUCAGUAAAAAAAAAUUAUACUUCAUGAUGAAAGAAUUUAAACUGUUUUAGAACGUAAAAGUUAAUUAGAAUAGUAAAAAAAGGAAGAUAGAGAAUAAUAGAGAUAAUAAUUAUUGCUGAAAAGUAAAGAAUAUUAGAUUUAUUUAGAAAAAAUGUCUGUAAUAAAUAAAAACUAAAAUAGCAUAAGAAUGAAUUGGCUUAUUUAUUUAAAUUUGGAAAUGCUUUGUCAUAGCUUUAAAUAGUUAUCCUAGAUCGGUUUAGAAAGAGCGAAAGAAAAUUUCUUUUUUGUAACGAGAUUAAAGAAGAUUUAGAAGCACUUUCGAAAAAAAUUGGUUCUAAGAAAGAUGUUCACACUUACUACAAAACAAAGAAUGAUUCUAAGAAUUAUGUGCUUAAAAUUAGUUUAUAAAUUAAGAAUAAAAAACACACAAAGAAGAGUUCAUCUUAUUGUUUUGAAUUUUUUAAAGAGAAAAUCUAUUUAAAAAAUCUAAUUAAAGCUAAUUAGCUUGAGAAAUAAUAUCUUUAGGAUUCAAACAUUUAUGAGGUGGUGCUACAACUGCUAAAACUUUUAACUUUAUUAGCUCACUAAAAUAUGGGAUACACAUUUAAUAAAUCUUUGUUAAAAUGGGAACACAACAAGAUUGCAAGAUCCAAAACAUUAAGAGAUUUACAAAGAAAAACUUGAAAGACUCAGCUCUUAAUAUUGUGUCAAAAGGAGCUAAAGCGGUGAUUUUACAGUAGCUUCAUCAAAAUAUGAAGAUUAUUAAACUUUUUUAGAAAAAAAAAUGAGCUUUAGGGGAAGUAUGGUGUUUACAUUAUAAUCAAUACCAGAUUUUUAUGGUCAGGAACAAUCAAAUAAUUAAAAUAUUGAAUAAUUAAUUAAUGAGUAAGCAAAUAAAGAAUAAACGAAGUUAGGAUUAAUUUUGUCAAACUUAAAUGUAGGAGCAAAAGCUCAUGGGUAACAGUUGAAGGAAGUUUUAAGUAGAAAUAUUCUUUAAGUAGAAUAAUAAGAGGUUUAACUAAAGAUAGGUACAAGCCCUUUAAAAAUAAGCAAAAACUAAUCAAAAAUCUAGUCUUUAGAAGAUCUUAAUGAUUAAAUGAUUUCUUAAAUGGGUUAAAAAGACAAUACAAAUAAUAUUUCUUAAGAAAAUCAAUCUCCUUAAAAGAAGAAAUUAUAAAUUAUUGAAAAUAAAAGUCACCAUAGGUCUUAACAUACUAAUUAUAAAUUUGAUUUUUCUAAAAGUUUACUUCCUUAUAGCAUACAUGCAAAUGAUAUUGUUACACCAAAUAUUUACUCAAUAAGAUUAGAAAUUAUCAAAGCAAAUGAGUAAGCUAUGAAAGUAGCUUCAGAAGCAGAAUAGGUUAUCAAAAAAAAAAUAUUACUUUCUGUUUUAAGAUCAAUAAGAAGCAGGCAUUAACACAAUAUUUAAUAAUAUGAAAAAAUAUUGCAAAAAUUUAUGCAAGAUAAUUAAAAUUAAAUAAAUAUGGAAAGAGCUAGAUUGAUGCUAAUUACUCCUGCAAAUAUUCUUAAUUAAAUUUGGAAUAAAGAGCAAGACAACGUUAAAUUCAGAGGAGUCAAAAGGUCAGAGAAAAAUCAUAAAAAGGAUCACUUACCAUUUUUUGAUUUAAAAAUAAAAAUAGCAUCUUAAAUUUAAAACGCUCCUAUCAAGCCUUCUUUUAAGCUUUAAAUGACUUAAGAUUACUUUAAACAAUUUUUCAAUAAAUAUUAUGAUCAAGUAAGAAAGUAGUAUGCUUUAUUAGAAUAAAAAGGUUUGAUAAGAGCCUAAGUUAAAAAGAAAAACUGA